GUCGCGGAGAUAAGCCUGAAGCUCACCUACCUUUCGGGCAGCCCAAUCCCCGGGGGCGCUCUGCUGGUGAACCCACACCACACGGUCCUGCAAUUCAAGGUCGUUGUUGAGAAGGCAUUGGAUGUGGACCCCUGGAGUCGAGUCGAUCUCAUCUACGGUGGGCAAAAAAUGCAGAACGUCCGGGAGCUCGCUUCCUAUCAAGUCUGCGACGAGGAUGCCAUUCAGGUCGUGGUCCGCAGCGCCUUUAAGACUGCCAGCGGCGAGUGGGAGUAG